UGAUUGAUGUAUAAGAAUUAGAAAACCAACCAUAGAUUGAGCUGAGAGUCCUCAUCACCAUCUUCUCCAAAUCUUUCAUUCACUCAUCCUUCAGCCAGCCACGGACGGAAGAAGAACAGACUAACCCUCUCUUUCGUGCCACCGUUUACUACUCUUUCCGCCCGACCACCAUCUUCUUCGCCUGACAUUUUAUUAAACUUUGGUUGCUUGCUUCUUUCAAUGCUUGUCUAUUGGUAAAGAGAAUCCAAGCUGCCUUCUUUUGUCUUUUUGUUGUCAUUCUUGCAUGUAGCGAUUUAGGGCGUUAAAACUUUCUCCGCCUUUUCAUUUCUACAAUUGCAUGAUGCUAACGAAUUCAAUCCUUGUAAUUAAAGUCGCUAUCUUUCUUAUAUGAUGAUCAAAGCUUCUUUCAGAAGAAUGGAAUCUGAUAGGAAAAAGAAACAGUGUGUUUGGGAAAAUGGUUAUGGUAGUAGAUCAUUGAGUGUGGAAGAUGAUGAUGAUGAAUUUGAUCCAUGGACAGCGUGGGCUUACAAACCACGCACAGUAACAUUGUUGCUAAUUGGUGCAUGUUUUCUUGUUUGGGCAAGUGGAGUUCUUAAUCCAGGGAACAGUUCAUCCUUAGAUGUUGUUACUUCUGUGAAAAGGGGAAUUUGGGCGAUGAUUGCAGUCUAUCUUGCUUACUCGUUGCUACAAGCCCCAUCGACAGUUCUUAUUAGACCACAUCCAGCAAUUUGGCGACUAGUUCAUGGCAUGGCUGUUAUUUACCUGGUGGCUCUCACAUUCUUGCUGUUUCAGAAUCUUGAUGAUGCUCGCGAGUUUAUGAAAUUUCUCCAUCCUAAGCUUGGUAUUGAACUUCCUGAAAGAUCAUACGGUGUUGAUUGCAGAAUAUACUUGCCUGAAAAUUCCACAAACAGGUUUAAGAAUGCUUAUGAUACUCUAUUUGAUGAAUUUGUUCUGGCUCAUAUUCUUGGUUGGUGGGGUAAAGCAAUAAUGAUUCGUAAUCAGCCCCUUCUUUGGGUUCUUUCAAUUGGGUUUGAGAUGAUGGAGUUCACCUUCCGUCACAUGUUGCCAAACUUCAAUGAGUGCUGGUGGGAUAGCAUUAUCCUCGAUAUUUUUGUGUGCAACUGGUUUGGUAUCUGGGCUGGAAUGCGUACUGUCCGACACUUUGAUGGAAGGACAUAUGAGUGGGUUGGUAUAAGCAGGCAGCCAAACAUUAUGGGGAAAGUAAAACGAACUCUAGGCCAAUUUACACCAGCAAUGUGGGAUAAAGAUGAGUGGCAACCCCUACUCGGUCCUUGGCGUUUCCUCCAAGUUUUGUGUCUAUGCAUUGUGUUCUUGACUGUGGAGCUCAAUACAUUCUUCCUUAAGUUUUGCCUUUGGAUUCCUCCCCAAAAUCCACUCAUAGUGUAUAGAUUGAUCUUAUGGUGGUUGAUCGCUAUACCAACUAUCCGCGAGUACAAUUCAUAUUUGCAGAACCGAAAACCAGUGAAGAAAGUCGGUGCCUUUUGUUGGCUCUCUCUUGCCAUCUGCAUUGUUGAACUCUUGAUUUGUAUCAAGUUUGGUCAUGGGCUCUUUCCUAAACCAAUGCCUGAAUGGUUAGUUAUUUUCUGGUCGUCAAUUUGGGUAGCUCUUGUGGCAUUUUUGUCAAUAUGGAGGUGGCAGCUGCAUCAAGCUCUGAGGAGAAAGAGACAAUAGGUUCCCUGUUUUUAGUUCUUAUAAUUCUCAUCCCAAUGUAAAUUGAUUUUGAUUUUCUCCUUCUGAAGUUGUAAAUGCUAAUUUAUUAGGUCAAUAGAUUACAAAGUUUUCAAGGUAUAUGUAUUUCUCUUCUAUUUAUUAUUUUUUUUGGUUUACAAACUUUAUAGUUUUAUAACAUUACUUUCUAGUAAAUGGCUUCCAUGCAUGGAUCUUC